GUUCCUAUCUCUCCCCCCUCCCCCUCCCCGCUACACACACUUUUCCUGAGUUUAAGGGGACCACACCAUCAUCAACAACAACAAGAACACACGCACCCUCGCACACCCACACAAAUUGGAUACAUUUUGAAUAAGCUUUUGGUUCCUUAUCCGGGGACUAGCUCGGCUGGCGUGAUUGGCGCAAAUAGUCACAUGGUGAAACUAACUUUACGGGGUCGCCAGCUAGUAGGAGGGUUUUAUGGAGCAGAAAAACGACAAAGCGAGAAAAAUUAUUUUCCACUCCAGAAAUUAAUGAUCAUGAGCUCGUAUUUGAUGGACUCUAACUACAUCGAUCCGAAAUUUCCUCCAUGCGAAGAAUAUUCGCAAAAUAAUUACAUCCCAGACCACAGUCCGGAAUAUUACAGCCGGACUAGGGAGUCCAGUUUUCAGCAUCAUCACCAGGAAUUGUACCCUCCACCUCCACCACCACCUCCUCCUCCUCCUCCUCCACAGCGACCUAGCUACCCCGAGCGGCAGUACAGCUGUGCCAGCCUUCAAGGUCCCGGCAACCCCCCAGCGCAUCCACGGGGCCAUGGACAACCACCGGGAGGCCACCAUCUCCCCGAGAAGCCACCGCAGCUCUGUGACCAAACGGCGCUCGCCAGCGCGGCCACCUCUCCGUCCCCAGCCCCUCCAGCUUGCAACCAGCAAAAUCCCGAGCACCCCAGCAGCACGGCCACUAAGCAGCCCAUAGUUUAUCCAUGGAUGAAAAAAAUCCACGUCAGUACUGUGAACCCCAAUUACAAUGGAGGCGAGCCCAAGCGAUCCAGGACUGCCUAUACCAGACAGCAGGUCUUGGAAUUGGAAAAAGAGUUCCACUACAACAGAUACCUGACGAGGCGGAGGCGCAUCGAAAUCGCCCACUCCUUGUGUCUCUCGGAGAGACAGAUCAAGAUCUGGUUUCAGAACCGGCGGAUGAAAUGGAAAAAAGACCACCGGCUGCCCAAUACCAAAGUGAGAUCCGCGGCUCCUAGCAAUCCUUCCACCAGCUCCAUGCCAGCGGCUUCCAACGCGGUGACCAGCGAAGAACACUCGCAAACCCCAUCUCAGGACCAACGAGCAGAGGAUAUUACAAGGUUAUAAACAAACCAGACAAAACAAAAACAAAAAAAGGAAAGAGAAAACAAACAGACACCCCUUCGUACAAAAAUUUGACUCUGAUUAUUUAUAGAAUCUAAUAUAUAUCUAUAUAUUUUGGUUCUUCUCUCUUUUCUCCCCCUUGUAGUUUUUCCCCUGCGUGUAUAUAUUAAAAGGAAAAAAAAUGAAAAGAAACAGAGAAGGAGGGAAAAAAAUCAUACACACAAAAGAAUGAGGUCUUUUUGCUAGGUCUCAGGCUUUAGGUGCAUGUGUUUAUAAGCAUGAGAGGCCAGGUGAAAUACCUGCUGGUUUGGUUCUGUUUUUUGUUUAAAGCGCCAUUUUCAGGGUUUUAUUUAUUUUUUAAAAAAGGAAGGGAUGGAAGGAUGGGUGGAUGUGUAUGUGUGUGUGUGUGUGCGCGCGCAAGAGAGAGAACGAGUAUGUUAGGGUGGGGAGCUAAAUGUUCUGUUUUAGAUGAAAAUGCGGGGCAUAUGCUAAUAAUUACACAGGCAAGGAAAGAAUGCAGUUAUUUUGCUCUGUGCGUUUACAAAUGGAGAACAAAAAAAAAAGGACCAUACAGGGCUUUUCCUUCCCUUUCUUUCUUUUUUGUAUAAAUGUGGGGAAAGGUUUUUUUUAAAAAAAAUGGGGGGAGGAGGAGACAGCACAGGAGCUAGUAGGAAAGCUGACAAACUUAUAGUUUAUUUCACUCUGUGAAACAAAAGAGAAAAGAGAGGAGGAGUGAACAAGAGGGAAAGUUGAAAAGUGUCAGUGGUUAGAUUUUUUUUGUCGUGGUUCUUGUGUUUUUUGUUUCUUUGUUUUUUGGACUGACAAUUUGACACGAUCAUUGUAAACUUGCAAUAAAAGAGUUUUAGUGUAUAUGUGAAAGUCCCCGUGUUCAAUAAAAAAACACAACAACAACAGU